AUUCCUUUAAAUAUGCACCUUCGCUCGCAUACCUAGAUUUAGGAUUAUACAUAUAUUGCAUACUUAAACUAACCAAGCCUACAGGGAAAUCCUACAGUUGCCACUUUUUACAUCAGUACACAUCUGUUGCCUAGUGCAACAACACAUCAAACUCCAACACCGAAUCUCCCAAUGGUUUUCUCCUCCCACUUUUCUCAAAACUCAUCCAGAGGUUCAAAACAUGUGUGGCAGAAUCAAUAAAGUCCCCAACUGAAUGAGUUUUUUUGCCUCGUGGGGCCAUAGAGGCGGGUGGUGUUGGCAGGGAACUAGAAAGCGGCACAGAAAGAGAAGGUUGAGAGGAGAGUGUUCAUUUAGUUGCUGAUAACUGUCGAGAGAUUCGCACCGCAACCAGACAACACUUAUUUGUUCCCCAGCCAGAAGAAGACCGAAUCAUGGGAUCUGAAAUCGAGCUGACCUUCACCGAAGACCUCCAGCUUACGGAGGUCAUGCGUCUGCGUGUGCAGUCGCUGCAGCAGAAGGGUCAGAAAAGACAGGACGGGGAGAGGUUGCUUCUUCCUCACGAGGCCGUCUACCGCCUCGAAUUCGACGAGCAGGAGUUGACGUUCUCACACUGGAACGUAACCUUGCGAGGAACCGGCCGUCUCACGGUCACGGGCAUCUCUCAGCUAUGGACGCCCGACCUGACCAACUUGAUGACCAGGCAACUGCUGGAACCCAUCGGACAGUUCUGGAGGAACGCUGGGGAUCCGGAGGAUUCGCCCAUUAAAUGUCUCGAGGCGGACAUCCAAGAGUUUGGAGAGAGGAUAGCGGAGAUGGCGCAGGUGCGGAAAGUGAUGUACUUCCUGUUUGCCUACAAGGAAGGGGCUGAAAAAGACAAGAUCUCCUGCUCUUUGGUCUUCAACAAAAAGGAGUGACAAUUAGAUUCCUAAAAGUCUAGCUUCUCUCUUUAAUGGUCAGUCACAUCUAUUUUCUUCUACCAACUAAUGAAAACCUUUAAUGUGUAUUCACUUUUUAAUGUGUGCUUGAUGUACCAUUUUCAUUAGUUGUUCUCUAGUCCAGGAAAAAUCAAUUUAAUGACAUUUACUGUUAGUCAUGCAAACAGAUAAACUUUAGACACAACUUUCCUGCUAUGUCAUUAUGAUACUUUAUGAUAUGCAAAUUCAAAAAUGUAUUUCUCUUACAGUGAAAUAAACACUUUUUGUCAAUCACUCCAA